AUGGAAGAUGUCGAGGUCAUGCAAAUUGAUCGGAUCGCGGCAUUGCUUAUUUUCUCGACAAGUUUUGUCGGAUUCGUAUGCAACACAUUCAUCGCCGUCUACAUCCGCCGUCUUUCCCUUCUCCGAAACUCUUUCGGACGUCUUCUCCAACUUCAAGCCGCCGGUGACGCCGUUUUCGUUCUAGUCUGGGCUUUCUACUUUGCUCCGGUCCUAUUUUUCGACAUUAAACCGUUGCAAACGUUGGGAGUGGCAUCAAGGUUCGCACAAUUGUGUCUGAUUUGUUACGAUAUUUCCAUUUACACACAUUUGGUCAUUUCACUCAACAGAUUCAUUUCCCUAUACUUCCCAACCAGCUACCAAAACAUAUUUACCGAAAGAUUCACAACAGUCUUAAUAUGUUCAAUUAUACUAAUUUCUUUUGGUUUCUCCUGGUUCCUGGUGAUCGUUGACUGCAAAAUGGGAUUCUCUAUUCCCAGAUGGAUGCUUGACUAUGUCAGUCCUCCGUGUGAAAUGGUCAAUGUUUAUUAUGCCGAAUUUUUUAGAGGUUUGAUCGUAAUCUCCAUGUUCGCCAUCACCAAUACUUUCACAUUCUGUCGAAUGCACAUGCACAAUCGAAAGAAACAAUCAGAAUCCACGUUCGAAACCACCCAACAAAAGAAAAGAAGAGCUGUUGAAACUGCAUUUGUUCAGCAAGUCACACUUCAAGGCUUACUCUACGUUCUCGAAUUAGUGACCUAUUUCUAUAUAUCCAAUUGGUUCAAAGUACCAACAGAUGCCAAAUCACUAGCCGAAUCUUCUAAUCGAUGGCCAAACUUUUUGUUGACAACGUAUGCAUGGAUUUUGGUUCAUGCUCUGGAUGGAGUAAUCACACUAAUUUUUAAUAAACAAUUCCGAAGUGUUCUCCGCCAUCCUUUCCGUUCUCAAGCCACCUUAAACGCAUCAAAAACUCCAUCAAGGCGAAAUCGAUUUGUGACCAAUCGAACCGAUUCGAAUCGAAAAAAGAGCUCAAUUCUUGCGUGUACGUUCAUCUCAAACUCAAAUACCGGAUAUGGAUCAUCAGUUCAUGUCUGA